GUCAGGAAAAGCUCGUCUCGGUCCCGUCUUGGGUGUUUGACCUGUCGGGUUCGACAUGUCAAGUGUGACGAAACGAAACCAAUCUGCCGACAAUGCAUGGUGACAGGACGCACCUGUGAUGGCUACGCUGUCAUUGUCCAACCACGCGAGGCUCUCUCGCUCACGUGGAAGCCUCCGGUGACCGUCGUUGGAAUGGUGUUGUCAACCCUGCCACACGACGAGAAGCCGUGGGGACUGGGGCUCCUUUGUCUCGAUGCCUUUCGUUCUCAGGUCAUCAGCGCACUUUUCGACGACCCUUCUCGACGCCUUGAGCGCCUGAUCCUGCAGGCACUUAACCAGGAGUCGUGCGUGCGCCACGCCGCGGUCGCGCUCACAGCCCAUCAGCUCCAGGCCUCGUCGCGGUGGCCAGCUGGCGGGAAUGGUGAUGGUGCUACGAAUUUUGGCCUCAAUUCCUACAGCCUCUCCAUCCGAGAUCUGCGGAAGCUAUUGCUGCGGCCGCCCGAUCGACACGCCGCCGAGGUCGCCUUGGUAUGCGCUCUGCUGGGCAUCUGUUAUGAACUCGCGCAGGGCGCCUACAACGGGGCACGACUCCAUUUGGAGAAUGGUCUACGUGUCUGUUCGUCCUUGUCUGUCGACGACGACAUCUUCCACGAAUUUGCGCGCCUUGACGUCCAAGGGUCUACAUUUAUCGAAGGUUGGGUGCCACGGCUCACGCCACUUCUUCCCACCAACACCACCGCCGCUGCCGACAAUGACGACGAUGACUACGACGGAGAUGGAGUCCGUUUUGAUUCCCUGGAAACUGCCCAACGCUACCUCUAUGCAUGUCUAAGUCGGCUAUGGUCGUUCUUAAGGGGCACUCUUGACAAUUCCCACCGCUAUUGGAAUCCGGACGAUCGGCCUCCGCAUAUUGCGAAUCAAAGCCGGAAUCUAGUGGCCCGUUUACAGCGGUGGGAGCUGAUCUAUGACGAGUUUGUGAGCCGCCUGGAUAGAUUUCCAAACACGUACACCCAAGCACACUCAAACCUUCUUCGCAUUCAUCACCAGACCGCCCAGGUCUACUUGGCGACGGCACUCUCUCCUGACGAGCUCUGCUACGACGAUCAUGACGAUUCAUUUCGCCUCAUAGUUUCGUUGUCUCGGUCGCUCCUGCACCACCGUCAGUCACAUGCGAUUCCCACCCUAUUUUCCUUGGGGCUAGGGGUUGUCCAGCCCCUGUUCUUUACCGCCACGCGAUGUCGGAACCUCUGGGUCCGGGACGAAGCGAUUGAGCUGUUGUCGGCAGUCCCGUGUACUGAGGGCGUGUGGAAUGCUCCCGCCAUGACCAAAAUCGCCGCCGUCGUCAAAGACUUGGAAGAACGUGACCUCGACCGAGCCUUCCUCGAGCAGCACCGUAUCCCCGAGGCGAAACGAGUUCACUCGACCAGCACCGACAUCGAUCCUCGGCGACGUUCUUCUGAGGUGCGAUGUACGCGGCUGCCCAGUGGUCGAACGGGGGCGUGGGAGCAUCACUUCUUCCAAGUCUGCUGGUGA